CACGGACAUUUCUCCCAAGGCGUCGGUCGGUCUCAACUCCUGUCGCGGAAGAUAGAUGAUAAAUCGCACCUGGCAAAACUCUCAUCCUGCAAUAAUAAUCGAAACACCGUCAAGCUAGUUUCUCGAGCAAAGCUUUGUUGGCCUGUCUCCCUUCGCCCUCUCAUACGGCCUGUUGCCCUCUCACUCCUAAUUUGGAUCUCCCCGCCAAUCUUGGACGAAGCAAAACCGAUUUUUCCUCGUUCAACUACGCUCCGAUGAGUAAUAACAUUUUCCGGAUUUUCAACCCAAAAGGGCAGGGCCCAAAGAGGACCCCGUUGAGAAACGACGGGCUCAACUGCGGCGAGCUCAACAGCAAAUCCUACCGAGAUCGUAAGGACGUCUACACGAAGUCUCUCGAAGCAGAGAUUGCACGGACUCGGGCCAGCGAGGCGAAUCUGAUGCGCCAGAUUCAACAUCUCCACGACACUGUCCAGAUGCUCACUGGAGUUCUAUCCCAACACGGGAUACCUCUUCCAGCUAAUUUCUCAUACGACGAUGUGCACGAGGAGGCAGGCCGGGAGCCUGCGAGCGCCCUUGGAAACCCCCCUGUCCACACAGCAUACCCGGUUCGCCUCGCGGGACGGAGCAAAAACGCCGCAGGUGUAACCCCGGAGCACCUUCCCGGGCCCGCAAAUACUCCGCGGGAGGCGGCUCCGCAGCUUGCCUUACCAGACUGGCUGAGCGACUACGCCUCUGCUGAAGACCGAGCAGAUCAUUCCGUGCAGAGAUACUACCGAGAUAGUCCUGCAACACGCGCAGAACCAUGGUGUGGGGAUUUGAAAGUGUCCGUGCCCCCUUGUCACGAUGGCACCCGGCUCUGCGAACUUGAUCCAGCGGUGGUGGGCAUGGAAUUUGUCUUGACGCUAGAACAUCCCUGUCUAGGACACCUCGCCGGAGAUCCAAACAAACCUCACGAGCCAACCGGCCACGCGUUGACAACCUCGGCGCAGCUGCAGUUUUCGUUUCCCUCACCCCCGUCCGAAUCACACGAACCUGUCCUCCCCUCAUACGAGGAAGCUCCGGCUGCUUUACUCGACCGUCUGCUCAAUCUUGCACCAGGCGUGUGCUCGGAAGGUGAGGUCACGCCGGUACAAGCAUGGAGCUAUGUCCGGUCCCAGCCGCACUUUGGUGGGCUCGACGUACGAACCUUGCGGAAGCUGGCGGAGAAGUUGCGAGACACGGUCAAGUGUCAUGGGUUCGGCGCUGUGGUCCAGGUGGUGUUCCUCCAGAAUGUGGUGUACGAGACACUGAUGCUUGGACGGGCGUUUUGA